AAGAUCGAUUUUUUUCAAUAACGUAAACUCAGUUGCAUGCUGUGCAUCACUCCGCGUGGAAGGGGAGUUACGGACCGGAGAAUUCAGUUGUCUCAUUGCUGUAUACAAACGAAGUGUGAUAGGCAAAAUGUUCUCAGACGGAAGUAAGGAUGACAGCCAACGCAUGAACGCAACGCCGGUUGCGACCCAACCUCCGAAAGAGAAACAGGCGGGAAGUGACAAAAAUUUAAUGAGUGAUCGGCGUGAAGUGGGCGUAACUUUGAGAAACACUAAACCAAAACCAAAAAAAGUUAGGAGUGCUAUUCCAAAGCACAGGCAAGAGUUGUUAAAGUGGAAUGGUUGGGGUUACAAGGACUCUCAAUUUGUAGUUAAAGAUGGGAUAAUCCAUUUCACGGGAAACCGGUAUCCAAUAGGUGAUGUACCCCUUCCAUAUUUCACAGAAUGGGUAAAGGAUGUACUGGAUGUAAACCUUGAUUUCAAACGAGAAUCACAGUCUUUAAUAAGAGCCAAGGACUAUCCAGAGCCACAUUUGGAUAACGCAUUUCUUUCAGAAAUUCAAGAAUUAGGUAUCAGUCACUCUACAGAAGACGUGGAUCGUUUGAUAAGAGCUCAUGGGCACACUCUUCAUGAUAUUUAUGUCCUGAGAGCUGGAAAAUUUGCCCGUAUACCUGACAUUGUUGUUUGGCCAGAAAGCCAUGAGGCUGUCGUGCAGUUAGUGGAACUAGCAAACAAGCACAAUGUUGUUAUAAUUCCAUAUGGCGGUGGAACAAGUGUGUCAGGAGCAGUUUCCUGUCCUAGUCAAGAACGGCGGACUAUUAUGUCAUUGGACACUUCACAAAUGAAUCGGAUACUGUGGCUGGACCGAAAUAAUUUACUUGUGUGUUGUGAAGCUGGUAUUAUUGGUCAAGACCUAGAGAGGGAGCUACAGUCACAAGGAUUCACUGCAGGGCAUGAACCUGACUCCUAUGAAUUCUCAAGUUUAGGUGGAUGGGUUGCUACACGGGCGUCAGGAAUGAAAAAGAAUGUAUAUGGAAAUAUUGAAGACCUGCUUGUACAUGUAAAAAUGGUUACCUCAAGAGGAGUUCUUGAAAAGAGUGGCCAGGUUCCCAGAAUGUCUUGUGGACCAGAUUUCAAUCAUGUUGUGUUAGGAUCUGAAGGAACUCUUGGUGUCAUCACUGAAGUUGUAAUUAAGAUAAGACCUCUCCCAGAGUGCAAGAGAUAUGGCUCUAUUGUGUUCCCAGAUUUUGAAUCUGGUGUAGCGUGCAUGAGGGAAAUUGCAUUGCAGCGGUGCCAGCCUGCUUCUGUCCGCCUAAUGGAUAAUGAACAAUUUAAAUUUGGUCAGUCAUUAAGGCAGCCUACAGGGUAUAUGGGACUGUUGCUUGAGGGUCUGAAGAAACUUUACAUCACUAAAAUAAAAGGAUUUGAUUUAGAUACUCUGUGUGUUGCUACACUGUUGUUUGAGGGAGACAGAAAAACUGUUGAAGCCCAAGAGAAAAGAAUAUAUGAAAUAGCAGAUCAUUUUGGAGGAGUACCUGCAGGAGAAAAGAAUGGUGAAAGAGGAUACAUGUUAACGUUUGUGAUAGCCUAUAUCCGAGAUCUUGGGCUAGAAUACAAUGUAGUUGCAGAAUCGUUUGAAACAUCUGUUCCUUGGGAUCGAACUUUAUCAUUAUGCAAUAAUGUGAAGCAUCGUCUGUCUCAAGAAUGUCAAGAUCAUGGAAUUAAAAAGUUCCUGAUAUCGUGCCGUGUUACCCAGACAUAUGAUGCAGGCUGCUGUGUGUAUUUUUACUUCGGUUUCAGCAGCAAAGGACUUGCAGAUCCUCUUGCAACAUAUGAGUUACUCGAAGAGCAUGCAAGAGAUGAAAUCCUGGCUUCUGGGGGCAGUAUAUCACAUCACCAUGGUGUUGGCAAACUACGUGCUAAAUGGUUUCCUCAUCAGGUGUCAGAGACUGGUGUUGAACUGUACCAAGCAACCAAAAAAGAACUUGACCCUAAGAAUAUAUUUGCAAAUGGUAAUUUAACUUUCCGCAGCAAACUUUGAAGCACAAAAUAUGCUGAGAUUUGUCAGUAUCUGAUGAUGUGAAGUUGUGGUCUUGCUAUGUUUACUGAUAAGACUAGUCAAUGUAAUGUUAUUGAAAUGGUAAAAGACAGUGAGUUUGUGUUAUGCAAAGUUUUACAGAGAGACUGUGUGUGUGUGUGUGUGUGUGUGUGUGUGUGUGUGUGUGUGUGUGUGUGUGUGUGUGUGUGUGUCAUUAGAUAAUGUGUAUACUGCUGAACGUGAAUCACUUGCUGCUUUUGUAUUAUUAAUCAUUUGUUUAGCUAUUUUAAAGGGACAUUUUUGGCAAUUGCAGUGGCCAGAGUUAAAAUACUGGCAAGUACUGUGCUUUUUUUCUUAAAAGGUCACACCUUUUGCAAUACAUGAAGAAUAGUUAAUUAACUAAUACAUUCAAGUUUGAACAGAAUUCACUUCGUACCUGAUGGAUAAAAGGAAUUCGUGUAACAUGUAUCCAAUACAGAAUUCCACCUGUAUUUUAAAAGCAGCCUCCCAAAUUUAACUUAGCUGAAAAACAUAAUACAUGCCAAUGAUACUGUUUGACAUGAGUGUUUUUGGAACUGAACUUAUAAUGCAGUUGUACUUUCUGAAACUGGAAAACUGCCUAAAGAACUCUUUUUGCUUUGGUUGUAAUUAUAAUUUCCAGCAAACACAAAAGCAAUUUCUUGUUUGGAAGUAGUGCAGCAACUCAUAGAGGUCCAGUGUGGGCUGCAAUUAUCUUUUGGCACUGAAACUUGGUAGACAUUCUAAUGCAUUAAUGUGGAAGUGAUUUGCACUGGAGAAAACUUAGUUCCAAAUGGCAACCAGUUGCUAGCAUCGUGCUGUGAAUGCAAGAAAGACACAUACAGUUGGACUAGAAAUGGGAUGUGGUCAGAAAAGGUCAAACAAGUGAGAAAGGCAAAAUGUUGAUUUUAUUAUUAACUGCCACUUAAACAAUUUGUUCAAUGUGAGCUCUGGAGAUGUCGAUGAGAUGCCUGGAGACGUCGAUGAGAUGCUGUACAGCAGCAGAUUUGCACCUAGUGGCCAAAAUUGGAACUAAUUUUUUUCCAGCAUAAAUUGGUUCUGCACUAACACAUUAGCAUAUCUAUCAAGUUUCUCUGCCAUACAGUAAUCACAGCCCACACUGGACAUCCAGUAAUGGCAUUUUAAUAAUAACCACCAGAUGGUUGUUGAAAUUAAUUAACUUGUGUUCCAGAUUAGUGAUAGUGAUGAAAGGGGGUGGAAUGAGAGGUAGGUGGGCGUAGAAAUUGCAUUAUCAUCGCAAUUAUUUAUUUAUUUUUUAUUUUGCAGACGCUAACCCGCUCAGUACUACAUAUUUAUGUGAGGCAGUUCCUUUCACAAUCUUCUGUCCCCAUCUUACACACAAAGAAAAUGUAACAGCAUUUAUGAGGUGUUUUUCAAGGUUUAAAAUGUUUAAUUUUUCAUGUUUGAGGCAGGAGGGUGUGUAGAAGAGUAAUAUGAAAUAGAGAAUUACAACCAAAGCAGUGCAAAUGGCUAUUAGAUAGUGGGAAAUUAUGGUCCCAUCUUCUAAGGGGUUCUGAAGAAAAAAGAAACGUUCUUAUCAUGAAAGGCAAUUUUUCCCUCAAAGUAAAGCUGCCAGCCUCCAAAAGAUUAAUUUGGAACAUCACGUAGCUUUACCACUCGAAGGUCUCUUUGAUGUGGUGUAAUUACCUUUUCUUGUAAUGACAACUAGCUUACCCAUCCACUAAUGCAGGCAGUUCCAAUCCUCAGGUGAUAAAAGAUUCUUUUUAAUAGAUCAGCCACUCCCCAUCAUUCAUGUCACGGUGUAAACAAAUAGCACACGAAAAGAAUUAGUCCUUAUUUGAAAUGAAGAGUUAGCAGAACCACACCAUAUGCAGAAAGGUGGUUGAGUGGCAGCACGUUGCCACUCAACAAUCUUCCUGCAUAUGGCAAAGGAAAUAAGGACUAACACUUUUAGCAUGCUAUUUGUUUACAACAUGACAUGAAUGAUCUGGAGUGGCACUUAGGCAUUCACCUAUUGCCCUUGUUGUGUGCAUGUGCAAACUGUUUGGUCACCCCUUGCCCAUGUGCACACAGAAUAUGAUACAUGUGCUAUGGCCUGGCUGCAAGACUACCUCUGCAUCUAUUGUUUGCUCACAUGGGUCCAGCAGCGGCUCAGGUAGGUGUGUAUGCUGGAGCAGCCUACACUAAAGGAUCAGUUAGUGUUUAAUACAUAAGCUGACUUCCAGUGCAGUUAGCUUACACAUAUCACUUGUAGGAAGUAUUGCCAGAAUUGAUGCUCAUCUUUACAAAAAAGACAUUGUGGAUGGAAUGGAAACAUGAAUCCGUGAAUGUUUAGUCAGAGGUUCACCUGCUCAGACACCAAACCAUAUUACAUGCUCUUCAUUGUAAAAUCUUCUGAUUACUGAUAUGCAAUUUUCCCCUUACUAUAAUCUUCUUGUAAAAUGACUAGGACAGUUGCAUAUGCGAUAACUGUGCUCUCUCUACAUAUGUUAAUAGAAUUUAGAUUAUCCUGAAUUAGGAGCAUAGAGGAUUGGCAUUGUGAUGAUUUGCGUUAUUCCUCAUUGUGCAUCAUCAUUACAGGAUAACCAACAAGUUAAGUACAGCUGGUGAAUGUACUUUUGCAUAUUGUGCGAUAUGUUGAAGGGGAAAACAGUUCAAUUCAAAAGAACUGGUUGAUUGCCCUAAGAUAUGAUGCACAGUCAAUACCAUGUUUUCUCAUUUGGGAAGAGUGGGGUUCAAAAUCAUCUCUGGUCAUCCUGAUAUAGUUUUGUGCCCUUUCUGUAAAUCAUGUCAGUCAAAUGCCAAAAAAAAAUGUUGGCUGAUAUUCUACCUCAUCCUUCUCCAAUUUAGUGUGUUUGCACACAGCUUUUAGAGUGUUUCUAAUUUAUGUUGCCAUUAUUUGUUUAAAAUCGGAGCUUGUCUUCAGAUGGUGGCAUACAUUUCUUGUACAUAAUUUAUUAAGUGUCUUUGAUGUGGCCUUAAACUGGUCAUGACCAAAAAAUGCAUAGAUUUUUAAUAAUUUGUAAGUGAUCAUUAUGUUUAGUUUCUUUUCCCUCUCACCUCCUAUUCUCUCAUAAUCAUCUCUCUGGACAGUCAUAGAGGCUUACAGCUGCCACAAAUAAAAUGUUGCAAUUUAGUUUUCUGCCCUAUUUACAAAGUGGCAGGAUAAACUGAAUAUUCAUUGUGAGUGAAUGUGUUGAGUGUGUGAAUUGUAGAAGAAAUGUAUGUGAACAGAAUACCAACUUUUUCACAUUUAUUCUUAAAUUUAUGUGUCUGGUUUUUUUGGUUUAGUUUAAGAAUGGGGAAAAGGAGUAGUACAUCCUCAGAGUAAAUGAUUAUCAGUGCACUACUUUCUUUUCAAUAGUUGAAGAAAUGAGUAUCUGACUCUACUGUGUUCAUUUUGCCACAUUAUUUCGUUGAUGAAAUGGAUACCUACCCUUUAAUUUGUCAGAAGAUUGUGCAUAUUUGUGAAUAAAUCUUGUACUUGCCAGUUCCACAUCUUAACACACAGUCUGUUUGGCAAAACUAAAUAAUAAUAAUAAUAAAAAAAAGAGGAAGACAUCUGUCACAGGUUACUUGCCACAUACAUUGCGGCUUUUUCUUUAAAGAAAUGUCAUCUGGAGUAAGCUAUUGUCAUUAGUUUUAUUGAAAUGACAUUUUAUGAAUGUGACAGAGUUCUGAUUUUACAGCCUUAACAUAGAUUUAUAUCUACUGCAAUGAUAUUGUAAUUCUGAAACCAUAUUUUAAAAAUAUUAUUAUUGUAGAAAUCCUUCAAGAUUUACUAUUGAAAUUAUCUUUGUGUGUGAAUUAAACAUUAUUAUUGAUUAUUUGCAUCACAAUAUUUGUCUUAUAAUGUAUAGUUAUAAAAAAUUAUUAGGUUUAAAACUUAAGUGUAUGCCUUGACACAUGCUCUGUUUGCCUCAGUAUAUUUCAGUUAUAUGUUUAACUGUGAUAUAAACUCUGCCGAAUGUAGUACAAUUUCUAAAAACUAAUUUUCUUUACACUUAGUUUGCACUAAGUCUGCUUUAAGGUGUUCACUGCACCUGAUUUGAAAUUUAUUUUACUGAUAGGAAUGCAUAAUUGUAUGGAUGCUUGAAUGCUAGACUGCAAUUUUUUUUUGUUGUAAAACCAGUCAAUUUUUGUAAAAUCACUUCUUGCCAGAAAUAAAAUAGUAAAAAUGUA